AUGCACUUAGCCCACCUGGCUAUUUUCCCCGAUGUGUAUAUUUCGGUCUUGCUGGACCUCACUGAUGAAUGCCAGAAACGGGACUCAAAGUUGACCGAGCUCUAUGAAAAUGACCGUGAUUGGUGCGAGUCCCAAAGCAUCAGCGACAGGGCCCGAAAGAGGCUCUUUACGAGCAGAACAUUGAGGCCAUUGGCUC